AUGCCGCUUCUCUUUGGAAGAUUCAAGUCUCGAUCUCCUCCCCUUCCUCAUUCUCCUGUUGAAUCUCUCGCGCCGGAAUCUUUACAACACCAGCAACCACCCGCGUAUACUAUCAACGACAAUCCAGAACUCACAAUGGGCCAUCGUCACUCCCGCGUAUCAGGCAGCUCAAGCACCUCAACCUCAAGAAUGACCACCUACCAAGGAACCCAGUCAACCCCCCACAAGGGAAACACCUACGUGCAAACCCGCAACGUCGACGUCUGGUCUCCACCUCCCUACACCCCACAAGCAUCAGCACCAGCCGCACAUACCCCCGGCUCGACAGCCUCCUUCACCAGCAGCACAGGCGACUCACCCUACGCCUUCCUCCGCGAGUUCGACACCAUCUUCGUCGUCGACGACAGCUCCAGCAUGCUCGGGGCACGCUGGAAGGAGGCCGAGGAGGCCCUGGCGGCCAUCGCGCCCAUCUGCACGCGGUACGACCAAGACGGAAUCGACAUCUACUUCCUCAACCACCGCCGCGAGGCGACCGCCACUUCCACAGGUGCAUACCACAACAUCACCACCGCGGCAGACGUGCAGGAGAUCUUCAACAGCGUGCGGCCGCGCGGGCCAACGCCCUACGGAAAACGGCUGCUGCAGAUCCUGACACCGUACCUGCGGCGCGUGGAGAAGAUGGCGGCCGCGACGGAUGAGGAUGGGAACCUGCGCGAUCCGGCGAGGUUUGUGAAGCCGUUGAAUAUCAUUGCGAUUACGGAUGGGGUGUUUACGGAUGAUGCGGAGAGUGUGAUUUUGGAGGUUGCGAAGCGGUUGGAUGCGUGUCGCGCUGUGCCGUGGCAGGUGGGUGUCCAGUUCUUUCAGAUUGGGGACGAUGAGGGGGCGAGGCGAUAUCUGGAGGAUCUGGAUGAUGAGCUGGGGAAAAUGGCUCAGGAGGUCAAUCUGAGGGAUAUUGUUGAUACGGUGCCGUGGAAGGGGAGCCGCGGGCAGACGCUGAGUGCGGAGGGUAUCCUCAAGUGCACGAUGGGUGCUGUGCAUAAGAAAUACGAUAAGCGGAAGGCGUUUUAG